AUGGAGUGGUGGAUUAAGAGGUAUUGGUUCUUCUGCGGAUCUUGGACGUCUUCACAACUGGUAACCAGAUCGAUCAAGGUCCUGUCGCGAUUCUUAACUCUGCCUUGGCUGCUCAAGUUGAACGGGUUUGACGGUCGAUUAGGUAGGUGGGCAGCACUGCUGUCGGGAUGGACGUUGGAGGUCACCAAACGUGUAAAAGUCGAAGAAAAAAUCCUUGGAACAGUCGCAGCUAGCACCACUCCCAGAGUCGAUGUAGAUGAAGCCCUAGUCGCGAUAGCACCCAACAAACAGCCACGCAAAAUGAUCACCAUGCCUUCGCCGCCGAUCGAACAGGACGAGAAUCUCUUGGUGGUGAGUUUUGAUGGAUCUGCGCGAGUAAAACGCAGUGGCGGCGCAUAUAACGCAGUCGUCUGGAAACUCCCGGAAUGGACGGUCGUAGAGGCCAUGUCUGAGUACAUGCCUGACUUGACGAUGAACGAGACGGAAUACCGCGGACUGAUACGUUUUUUUGAUUUACUCUCGACUUUGGACAGGGGGAGCGUCGUAAUUUGUGGUGACUCGAAUUUGGUGAUUCGCCAGAUGCAAGGUGACCCCUGA